GCCCGGAAGAAAAGAAAGGGAUGGUAGCUUAACACAGUUGACUGGUUGUGGCGGUCGUGUACCAGGGAGCGUGUUCACUACCACUGACAUGAUUCGUAUUGUAUAAGAAGUUUAAGGACGAAAUAAUUCAAAGCCUGGACAAUCGAGCUUUUUUGUAUAUAAAAUAUCAUAUUUUGAUUUUGACUCUUUUUUUUUUUUUUACAUGCCAGAAUAUUUUUAAACGGCUAUUGGGGGGGAAAACGCUGCUUUUAGGUUUCCGUUAGAGUUUUGUGUAUCCGAUGCUUUUACAUCCGUUUAUGAACAGCACACUCGAAGCUAUGCAUCCGACGGGAAUCCAGAAAGACACUACGUUCACGAAGAUCUUUGUAGGGGGUUUACCCUACCACACAAACGAUGCGUCUCUGAGAAAAUACUUCGAAGCGUACGGAGAAAUAGACGAGGCUGUGGUCAUAACGGACAGACAGACGGGGAAGUCAAGAGGCUACGGCUUCGUGACCAUGACUGACAGGUUAGCAGCAGAACGAGCCUGUAAAGACCCAAAUCCGAUCAUUGAUGGUCGUAAGGCCAAUGUCAACCUGGCCUACCUCGGCGCCAAGCCACGUAAUCUUCAGACAGGCUUAUCUGUUGGUGUGCAGCCUGUUCAUCCAGCGCUUAUUCAAAGGCAGUAUGGGCUGCUGCCGCAGUAUGUAUACCCGCAAGCCUUCGUACAGCCCGGCCUUGUUCUCCCUUCUCAAGUGGCCUCCUCACUCACGUCACCAUAUGUGGACUACACUGCUGCCUAUGCCCAGUGUACCUCAGCAGCAUUUGAGCACUACCCUUAUGCCUCUUCCCCAGGUUUCAUGGGUUAUGGCUACACCAAUAGCCACGUCACCGGCCCACCCUCGGGCACCUCUUCGCUGCACCAGACCCUCACCAAUGCGCCCAAUGCUGCCACCCCUGCUUUCAUCCAGUACCCACCACAGCAGCAUCUGCAAGCUGAGCGCAUGCAGUGAGGGCCAGAUGAGCCAAGUGACCCCUGGAAAAAGAACAUAAAAACAUUUGCACUGUCACAUCAGGAUUUGCUUCUGGCAGCUGAGUCCGGAGACAGUGAAACUGUGCAGUGGCUUUAAAAGAGCUUCCAUAAGCACUGAUGCUUUUUUUUUUUUUUUUUUUUCCUUUUCUUUUUUUUUUUAUAUAUUUCAACAUUUAUUACUGUCUUUACUAUUAGUCCUAUUCAUAUCAUAUGCUUAAUUGUAUUAAUGUUUCUUUUUGUGCUUAUUAUAUUGUUAAGAUCAAUCAAUGUAAGGCGCCUCAUUGUAUAGAGUGGGAAACUAUAAGUUAAGGAAGACUAUACAGUCAUACACUGAACAUGGAGAUAUUUAAGAAAUUUUAAAUGUGGGUAUUGCUGCUUAAAAUCACCAGGGAAAGCAUUUGAGAGAAUGGAAAGUCGGGAUUUAAGGUUAUAGGCAGGGCAGAAUACACAAUUAGAGAGGUGGGAAAUGGAGAUGCCUGCACAUGCACAACAUCAUGAGACGUUGGUACUAAAUCCAGGACAACAUGGAGAACUUCAAGCUUCUGUUACUGCUUAAAGACAUCCAAACUCUACCAGGACUACCUUUUUUUUUUUUCUUUUAAAUAAAGAAGAGGCCUUAAAACUAGAAUAUUUCUUUAGGUUUAAUGACCAUUUUAGCAUUUGUAUUUAGGGUGAACUGUGAAUAAGCCACCUCCUGCUUCCAAACAAAAUAAACCCCAGUCUACAGACCUCAGACUUGUUUAAGUCCAAAGACUUGCGACAUGGUAUUUUAGAGUAAGGGUGCUAAUUAAAGAUUUUGAUCAGGUUUCUGUCCAUGGUGAUGAAUGUGUCUUUAUGCCAUAAUGCAAAACUGAUUUGGAGCCAGGUGUCCAGAUCAGGCAAAGCAUUGAAUGUGCCCCUUGUUUGGCUUGUGGAUGAAUGGAGAUAAUCAUUAUAUGAUGCAAUAAGCGUUGGUUUUUAACAUGUAUGGUAGCUGACACUGAUACCUACAGUACAUCAGUUUUGUAUAACUGUUAAAAGUAAUUGUAAAACAUCUUUUUGAGUAUCUCUCUCUGACAGGAGUGUUCUUUAUGUACAGCAUUGUCUCAAUUUAAAGCAUUUUGCAGUAUUUAUGUUAAGAUAUUUAAGUGAUCUGUGGUAUAAUUUUUUUUUUUACAUGUAUAAAUUGGUCUCUCUGUAUACCAGACAUGCAAAACCUACGAUGUUUCAGGCUUCUGGUUGCCAAAUAAGAUUGUGUACAUAGUUGAUUUAGCAUUCAUUAUAUACUAAUAAUCUACACAUGCACCUAAUAUUUUUAAGUUUUUUGAGCCUUGGCUUGCACCUGGCACAUAAAUGCUCUACGAAGCAUGUUUGUCACACCAUUUCACUAUCUGCAAAGAAGCCAUACCAAGAAAAUUCUUGGGGGAAAAAUAAAGACUUUAUACUAAAAAUA